CAGAAAGCUUCCUUUUGGGUUUGUGGCUUCUUCCUGUACCGGAAUUUCUACCGAAUAUUGUGAAACCCUGAGUGUUCAAACCACGCACCCCUCCUGUUCCUUUGGAGAGUCAGCAGUCGUUCCCCUAAACGUGCAAGGGUCUGAGAAAGGUGCCACCAGCUAAUAAUGUUGCUGCACAUGUCUACGUGAGAGCUGAGAGACACCACGUCUGCCUUGCGUCGAGCAAAGCACGAUUUUCGUUGGGGAUCGAGGGCAGAUAGACAUUUCAGUGAUGUAUUUUGCACAAUUAUUACUACAUGUGGUACAGUAUAUUGCUGCUUAAUUCAUGUUUGGACUGUCAAUUUAAGACCUAAAUGCUUUCCUGUUGUCAGGAGGAAGCGCGUAGCUGUCAAUCCACUGGAAACUAGCCUGAAAUGAUUACUGCCCAUGAUAUAUUCGUCCAAUUGAGCAGCAGCUAGCUAGCUAGCUACAGUUAACUAUCUCGCACAGUUAGUCAGUGAACAUUGUUUUUGUCAUAACUGAACUACCAGUGGCAUUCGCUAUUUAUCGGAGUACGUACGCUAAUUCGGUUGUGUACUAUCGUUUUUAAUUGGGUCUGAGUGAAGACUCGUGUUUGCGCGCUAUAUCUUCGAAUUAAACCGUAUUAUCAGCAUGGCUCCCAAGAAGAGACCUGGCCCCAUAAUCAUAACACCUGCUGGAGAGGGGCAAUCGACUUCAACCAAUGCAGCAAUUGAGACCAGUCUAGUAGACUUACCGAGAAUGUUAGGGGAAUUGGACUUAGAUGAGCAACAGAGGAAGCGCUUGGAGGCUUUCCUUACCCAGAAAGCAAAGGUGGGCGAACUCAAAGAAGACGACUUCCACCCCAUCUGUGAGCUCGGUGCUGGCAACGGUGGAGUGGUCCACAAAGUCCGUCACAAACCCUCUGGACUAGUCAUGGCUAGGAAGCUUAUCCAUUUAGAAAUCAAACCAGCAAUCAGGAACCAGAUCAUCAGAGAACUUCAAGUGCUGCACGAAUGUAACUCGCCCUACAUAGUGGGCUUCUAUGGGGCUUUCUACAGUGAUGGCGAGAUCAGCAUCUGCAUGGAGCACAUGGAUGGAGGAUCUCUUGACCAGGUGCUGAAAGAAGCUAAGAGAGUUCCGGAAGAGAUACUUGGGAAAGUCAGCAUAGCUGUACUUAGAGGACUUGCUUAUCUGCGGGAGAAGCAUCAAAUAAUGCAUAGAGACGUCAAGCCAUCCAACAUCUUGGUGAACUCGCGAGGGGAGAUCAAGCUGUGCGACUUCGGCGUGAGCGGCCAGCUCAUCGACUCCAUGGCCAACUCCUUCGUGGGAACCCGUUCCUACAUGUCGCCGGAGAGACUGCAGGGCACGCACUACUCUGUGCAGUCGGACGUGUGGAGCAUGGGCCUGUCCCUGGUGGAGUUGGCCAUCGGCCGCUUCCCCAUCCCCCCGCCCGACUCCAAAGAGCUGGAGGCCAUCUUUGGGCGGCCCAUGUUGGACGAGGCCGGCGGAGAGACGCUUAGCACCUCCCCGAGGCCCAAACCCCCGGGACGGCCCGUCAGCGGUGAGUCCACCCCCCCCCCCAAUGUGUG